AUGGCCUUCCUCUUCCCUCCCCCUCCACCGCCCCCCUUUCAUCUGGGCACAUUUCCCAGCCCCUCCCCUCAAGGCCCCUCUCCCGCACUCCCCAUCCGUCGUCGUCGCACCCUCACCCCCGCUUUCACCAUCUCCAACCCCUUCAGAAACCCCGAUGGAAACACAUUCCUGGGCCGCGUCCACGUCCUUGAGCGCAAAAAAAUACCCCUCUCCGUCAUCGACUCAGCGUUUGCACCCAUCGCCAAACAGAAUGUCAACCGCAAGCAAGUCGACGCCGCCAUCGACGUCUGCAAUAACUGGUUUACAGAAAACGGCUACCCGUGCUCCCGCCUCUCCAUCGUCACUUACCCUUCGAUUUUCAACCGCACGCUCGCCCUUUACUCCAUUGAGCCCCGCCUGCACGCCAUCCGUCUUGUCGCGGUCGACAGCAACGGCAAACCCGUCGAGGGCGCCUCCGUCGUCACAAGAGUCGACCUGAUCACCCGCGUCCUCGGCAUGAAGCGGGACGACAUUUUUAGAUGGACCGCAGAGGGCUUCGCUUCCCUUAUGGCCCUCGGUAUUUUCGAGUCUGCAGACGUUCAAGUCAAAUCCGUUUCCGCCGAGCGCGUCGAGCUUGUGCUUAACGUCAAAGAACGCCCGACUUGCCGCGUGGAACCGGGCGCUGGCAUCACUUCCGACGGGCGCAUGUACGGGGACGUCUCCUUUCUAGACAACAACUUUCGCGGAAAAGCCCAACGCAUCCGCAUCGAGUGGCAAAAGCGCUUGGACUCCCCCCGCGCCGCGGGCUGUGUCGCCUUUGAAGAUAUGCGCAUUGGCGCCAGAAUCCCCUUCUCAUACAAGAUUCGUGCGUUCCGCGAUGCCAAUUCUUCGAGGGGGGUGCCGGCUACCCGCUCCAUCGGCCUACGCAGACCAUCAGGCGAUGAUGAAGUUACUCGUCGCGGGAUUGAGACCCCGCUCAGGUAUGAGAAGGAUCGCGACGGCGCCAUGCUGGAGCUUGGGUACAGGCCGGGCAGCGGCAACUGGUUGUUGUUGCUCAACUCGGUCGCGGAGAGCGUCCAGGCGAACCCGUCAGAACGCGCCACGCCAGAUACGUCCAUUUUUCAAACCGUCCUGCAAAGCAGUAUCGCACACAUGACGCGCUUCCCCAUCGAUUGUCCUCGGUCUGGGCAUAUGCUCAACGUGGAGAGCUCAAUCGGGAAGACAUUUAAUGAGGCCGGCACGAUGUUUCGCAACACAGUUGUCCGGCUGGCACAAUACGUGGGGGUGGGGCCAUACGCUUCUAUUGCGGCAGGUCUCAAUUUGGGGAUCGGGUCGGAUAAUCUACCCUGGCAUGAACAGAAAUCGCUGGGGGGUGUCAUGAAUGUGCGCGGUUAUGACUAUGGAGAGCUGGGACGGUACAAGUCGUUUGGGACGGGGCGACUUGAGCUUAGGGUACCGUUGACGCGCGGUGCUCUCCCGGGGGCAGUUCCAGAAGAUGAUGAGAGCGAAAACGAAAAGGACGGAAAGCAAAGCGACACCAGUGCCGGCAAGGACAUCGAUAAAUCUGCUACUCAACAAAAGACGAGUGGCACUAAGGGAGGCAGCGAAAAGACCCCCGCCGUCCAAAACGACAAGGGGGCUAAUGCAGAGAGUGAAGACAGCACCUCUGUAUCGAAACACGUGAAUGAUGCCCCAGCGAAUCGAUCUGGAAAGGUGAUCUCACCCGGUUUGCUGGACAGCUUGCCGGCGUUAGUGGGUGUUCUGUUUGGGGAUAUUGCCGUCUCUAAUGAACAGAUACGAGAACCGAUUGGGAUGAGCUACGGAGUCGGUGUUCGCAUUGGAGGCAUAAUCACGAUGAACUGGACAAGGACGAUGGACGGGAGAAAAUCGCGACUCCAUUUUGGGUUGAUCGAUAGAAGUCUGUAA